AUGAUUGCUGUAUUCGUCGUGUUAUUUUUACAAAUAUUAUUAUGGGAAAAAAGCCUAACAGUUCGAUUGGAAUACAAAUAUUCUGUGGGACAACGUUUAACAUAUUUAGAACUUCAAAUAAUUGAACGUCAUGAUGUUGAAAAACGUCUUGAUGAAACAAUUGAAUAUAUUGAAAUGAAUUAUACAGAAGAAAUUAUUAAAAUUGAUUCUAUUGACAAUAUUCAAAGAAAAAUGAAUUCUAUUCGAAUGUAUCCAUUUGAUCGAUAUAAACAUAAACAAUUACUAGAAACAACUUAUCGAAUAUUUGAAAAUCAAUCAAUAAAUCGUCCUGCUGAAUUAUCAUCAUUAAAUGGACGGAUUAUAAUACCACCACCAAAUGAACCAAGUUUUCCUCAAGAUGAUAUUAAAAUAGGACAUAUUUGGACUAUACCAAUUAUAAAUUCAUUAGGAGAAAUUCAUUAUAAACUAAUUGAUAUUGAUGAAUAUGAAAUAGCUCAUAUUGAAUUUGAAGAUGAACCUGUUAUGUAUUUUGAUGCAAGUUUAACUGGAAAAUGGACUUUUGAUGUUCAAAGAGGUAUUACAUUGACACAAGAAACAGUUAGCUCUUCAUCGAUGUUAGCAGAUCACAGAGUUACCAAAACAAUAACAAAAAAACUUUUAUCAACAAACUAA